UUUAUAUAUAUGUAUGGUUUAUAUUAAAAUUAUGAAAUGGUUUAUAUUUUACAAGGUAUAUUAAAUUUUCCAAAUAAUCAAAAAUCUCAAACUCUUUGUUCAUUUCAAAUUCCUAAUGGUAAUACAAAUAUUCCAUCAUGGUCAACGCAUACAUUAGGUAUACAACAGCCUAAUCUUAAUAAUUUAACUAAUCCAUGUAUUAUAAAUUAUUUAAAUGGAAUAAAUACAUCGAAUACAAUUAAUGAUACAAUUGAUCCAUUAAUAUUACAUGAACAAUGGUCUAGAAAUACAAAUCUUGAAUUUAAUCAAGGAACAAUAUCACCAGUAUGGAAUGGAGAUUAUCAUUCUGUUGGAAAUACUAUUCCAAUUUUAUUAGAAAUGCCUACAAGUAUAAAAGGUGAAAAUCGCUCAUCUGAAUCUGAUCAAUCUCAACACUCCAACGGCUCAAAAACUAAUCAUGGUACUACUGAUAAUGUUACAAGUACAACUCGAAGUUUAUGUGAAGAUGAUUCAUUUCAUAUAUUCGUUGGUGAUCUAGCUCCAGAAGUGCAAGAUGAAACUUUGUUGGCAGCAUUUUCUAACUUUGGAACAAUUACAGAAUGUAAAAUCAUCAAGGAUAUGCAUACACAGAAGCCGAAAGGAUAUGGAUUUGUGGCCUAUGCAACAAGACAAGAAGCUGAACGUGCUAUCCGUAUCAUGAACGGUCAAAUUAUUGGAACAAGAGCAAUAAGAACAAACUGGGCAGUACGUAAAGAUCCAGCAGACCAAGCUAAAGAUCAUCGUCCAUUAAAUUACUUAGAAGUAUUUAAUGCAUCAUCUGCUGCAAAUACAACAAUUUAUGUUGGUGGUAUAACUAAUGAAUUAACUGAGAAACUUCUUCAAGAUUCAUUUAAACAAUUUGGUGAAAUCAAAGAAAUUAGAAUAUUUAAGAACAAAGGUUUUUCAUUUAUCAGAUUCGAUUCACAUGUGGCUGCUACUCAAGCAAUUGUUACAAUGCAUGGUAAAAUUGUCGGUGAUCAAGCUUGUAAAUGUUCAUGGGGUAAAGAACCAACAUUUAGCAAUAAACAAGGAUUAGCAAAGCGUCUAUCAUCUGCCAUGUUUGUUCCUACUCUAAAUCAUAAUAUGAAUGAUGACCGAAAUGGAAUCCUAUUGAAACCUCAAGGUUCUUGGCUUACAUCUCCAUCAAGACAAAAUAAUUUGAUACUAGACUUACCAGCGAAGAAAUAUAUAUCUGAAGAAUUACAUCCGGUUAGUAUAAGUUGUAUAACGCCAACAGAUAAAACUCAAGUAAUAAAUAGUGGACAACAUAUAUCAAUGAGGAACGUUUUACAAGAUGCUAACAAGUUGAAUGGUCCCGUUGUCACUCCAACAGCAAACAAUCCUUUAUGGCCUUAUACAUGCUGGUUCGCUGGAACUCCUAAUCAAGAUACUCCAAUACCUGCAUUACUACUUGAUAAUGUAACAAGGGGAACGCUGACGAAUCAAACUGUAAUCCCUUUUGUACCGCCAACGGAUAACAAUCCACUCCUUUUAAGUUUAUCGGCUAUAGAAUUGGCUAAAAAUUACCAAUCAGAGAAACCUGAGAUUAAUAUCAUUCCUAACAUAACAAAUGCUCAAUUCUCUGAUAGUCAAGCUACUUUUGCAAAUAUUGGAGGAAUUCAAAAUGCAUUAAUAAAUCAUAAAACUCCUGUAUAUCAAAGUAUUAAUAACAGCAAUAAUGGUAAUAAUAAUAAUAAUAACAGUACUUCACCAUGUGAUAUACAACAACACAUGUUAAAUUUAAAAAAUCUGACCAUUCCAAAUUUGGAUCUGACUAAUUAUUCAGCAUUAUCUAAUAUUCCAUUGAUUACAUUUUCAGCAUAUCCAUUCAAUUCUACAAAUAUUCCACCAUUUAUUCAUACAACAAAUGCUAAUGUAUCUGGUACUAUUGUGAAUACAACAAAUAAUAAUGAAAUUGAUAAAAAUUCAAUUCAUCAAUCUGCUCAAUUAUCAAAUUUUGGACAAUAUACUGUAUAUAAUACAACAACAGGUUAAAUCAAUCAAUCAAUCAUCAUUAUCAUCAUUAUCUUCAUGACCUUCAUUAUCAUCAUUAUCAUUAUCUUCAUCAACGUUAUCAAUACUAUGAUGGAGAUUAUAUAUGAACAAUUUUGAAAUAAAAUUAUAGUUUAGUUAAUUCUUUUUAAAUCUCUUAUCAUUACAAAUUAUUGAUUAUUAUUAUCAUUAUUUUUUACUUUUAUUUAAUUGAUUGUAAACUUACAUUUACAGAGUAAAUAAAUCAAUAAAACAAAAAAAUAUAAACAUGAUUACAUGAUGACUUACUCCCCCCCCUUUAAAAAAAAAGAAGACAGAAAGUAAAAUAAACAAUUCACUUAGAAUUGAAUUUAUUUACCAACUAGUAACAAUUUCAAUCUUAUUUCUUUACACAUUACAAAUCAAUAUUUUUAUUGUGAUUGUUGUUUAAUCAAUUAUGGGUUUUUUUUUUGUUUU